AUGAACAAAUUAACAAUUGCUUUUGAUAAUGAGAAUAAUGAAUUAUUUGAUGAAGAUGCAAUAUCAAAAUCAACAAUAUAAGCAUUAAAUAAUUCUUUUAAUAAAGAAUAAUUAGAUGAAUAGAUUGAGAGACCAUUUACACCUUUAGAUAUUUAGAUAGAAAUGAUACCAAAAGAAUAAUGUCCUUAUUGUAAACGUUAAUUCUUUGAGGGUCGUUUAUUAUUACACUUACGUAGUUGUACAUAAGAACAUCCUUUUGUUAAGAAAUCCAAGAAAUAAAAAACUUAAACUCUCCCAAAAUAAUCAAUCUUAUUAUCAUGUUAAUAAUGUAAUAAGAAAUUUAGAAAUCUUAAAACACAUAUAUGUUAAAAUAGAAUAAAAACACUAGAUAAAUAUAAAGUGAUUGCAUAAAUAAAUGAAGAAGAAGAAGCAGAUGAAACAUUAAUUUAAGAACUCUCUUCAAGUUAACCAUCUUUUCUACCUAAAAUUAAAUAAAGAUCUGAAAAUAUAUUGUCCCGUUCUGUACCUAUAGUUAAAUGUACUUCAUGUUAGAAGACUUUUGAAUAAAAAGCAUAUGAAAAACAUAUACAAAUAUGUAUUCGUAUGAAUAGUGGAAAUAAAUUAUAAUGUAGUAUUUUCUGUACUAAUUGUGGUAAUAAAUUUGCCAACAAUCAUAAAUAUUGUGGUUCAUGUGGUAAAAAAAGACUAUGA